AACCAAAGAUAAUUAGAUAAAGACAACCAAGCUUGAGUUGUUUUUAUUUUAAUUUAUAAAAAUAAAACAAUUUAUUCAUAGAAUUUCACUCAAGCUCAAACCAAAUAAUUGUCAAUUUCCUUCUCUCUCUCCAUCUUCAUAAACAUCCCCAAAUCUCUCUCGCCCAUUUUCAGUGGAGAGGAGGGAAUUGGAGAUUUGACAAGAGAAUAAAUGUACCGGCAUAUAGCGGAAAGCGAGUCCAUGACUCGUGGUGGACAACCCAGUGAUAGUGGAGAUGUGGUGGUGACUCUUGAUCAAGUACCUAGAUGGAGUGAUGGAGAUUUUAGAUAUUCUUAUGAGAUUGAAGAUCCUAGUAUGCAUUUUCCUGAUCCGUUAGCUUCGUCUUCUGGGGUAGAGAAUAGUGGCAAAGUUUCUAGGUUUCCGGUUAAUCGUGAUGUUAAUUCCAAGAUUUAUCUCUGGAGAGGGAAUCCGUGGAAUCUUGAGGUCGAUGCUGUUGUCAACUCCACAAAUGAGAACUUGGAUGAAGCACAUUGUAGUCCUGGUUUGCAUGCUGCAGCUGGGCCUGGUCUUGCUGAAGAAUGUGCGACAUUGGGUGGUUGCAGAACAGGGAUGGCAAAAGUCACUAAUGCAUACGAUCUUCCCGCAAGGAGGGUUAUACAUACAGUUGGACCUAAGUAUGCUGUAAAAUAUCAUACUGCAGCGGAAAAUGCUUUGAGUCACUGCUAUCGUUCUUGUCUAGAACUCCUCAUUGAGAACGGGCUUCGAAGUAUUGCUAUGGGUUGUAUAUACACAGAGGCAAAAAAUUACCCUAGGGAACCAGCAGCCCACGUGGCAAUAAGAACUGUGCGGCGGUUUCUUGAGAAACAAAAGGAUGAAAUUACUGGUGUAGUCUUUUGCUUAACAACAACAAAUGAUACUGAAAUCUAUAAGAGAUUACUUCCUCUGUACUUUCCCCGAGAUAAAAAGGAGGAAGAGAUUGCUAUUUCAAAGCUUCCUGCUGAUGUUGGAGAUGAAAACGGUGAAACAGUAAUAGACGAACGAAAAAUCAGAAUUAAGCCCUUGCCGAAUAUCAAGAAGAAUAUUCCUAAACCUCCACGAGCUUCCCUAGAUGUUCCUGUUAGUGAUCAAGGAUUAGCUAGGCGGAACUCAUCAUAUUUAGAAUCGUAUUUAGAUCCUGCUUUUAUGUCCAUAAUUAAAGAUCCUGAUCAGCGGCGUAAGGAACAAUGGGAAAGAACUGCUCGAGCACAAAAUGGGUUUAACUUCGCCAAACUGUUAGGGUUUGGUGAACUGGGGGGACCACCGCUUUCUGCUGCUGAAGAAUACUCGCUACAUUCUAGAUACCUCGCCAAAGCAAAUUCUCUUAAUCUUUCUGAAAUAGCAGAAAUGAAGAUUCUCUACCGGGGAGGAGUAGACAGCGAAGGUCGUCCUGUAAUGGUUGUAGUUGGAGCACAUUUUCUGCUUCGUUGUCUUGAUCUUGAAAGAUUUGUUCUAUAUGUAGUGAAGGAGUUUGAGCCCUUGAUACAAAAACCAUAUAGCAUUGUUUACUUCCAUUCUGCUGCAUCUCUACAAGUGCAGCCAGAUCUGGGAUUUAUGAGGAGGUUGCAGCAAAUACUUGGUAGGAAAAGCCAACGGAAUCUUCACGAAAUAUACAUCCUCCACCCAACUUUUGGACUGAAGGCUGCCAUACUUGCAUUGCAACUAUUAGUGGAUGGCAUGGUCUGGAAAAAGGCUGUAUAUGUUGAUCGACUUCUUCAGCUUUUCAGAUACGUUCCUCGUGAGCAGCUAACCAUCCCCGAUUUCGUGUUCCAGCAUGAUUUGGAAGUAAACGGAGGAAAGGGGCUUAUUGUGGAUCCAAGAACAAAGUAUGUAUAUCAGCGACCUUAGGCAUCACAUUAUUCAUGCAAGCCCAAGUUAAUAGUGCACUAAGGCUCUUCAGAUUCGCAAGGAUUGGGGAAAAUAGCCUUCACACGGUCUAUCUUUUGUAUAUCCGCACAGAAGCCGUGAUGAUUCAGGUGUGUGACCUGAUAGCGACACUACGAAUUGCUCACAUACACACACGCUAUAGCAAGUUCCUAUGUGAUUUAUGCCAAGUUUCGUUCAGUUGCAGAUGUGAGUUGUGAUGUAUUUAUAAUUUGCGAUUCUAUUUUUUUCCCUGUAAAGUUUUGAAGUUUAGCUUGUUCUUGUAUCAGAAUCAAAUUUGUUAUUGUUUAAAAAAAUUCUGAUGAAUAAGUUUGAA